AUGACUGAACGAUUGCUUCAUCCCGAUGAAUGGGAACUCGCCUCACGAUCCUCAGUCGACUCGCAGGGAACAUUCAAUCUUGACGAGGCUGAUUUUGAAGCGCAAGUUCCAUCGUCGUCCAAAUUUGGCACACGCCGGCUACCCUGGCUAUCUCGCAUCAUCUCCUCCGCCUCGGCAGGUUAUCGCCGCCUAAAUAAUCCUUCCAGGCCGGCUCUCGCAGGAACCCCACGACCGAGCUGCUCUCGACGUUUCUGUAUCCGCCGCUGUUGCUAUAUCCACGUCGUUGCCGGCAUCGUCUUUACACUCGCACUUUUCACCUCAAUUCUCUUCCCUUCUUAUACCCACCCGCCGGCGCACUACACCACACUCCGCGAAUCGGUACUGGCGAGUUCAUACCCUGGACGAGGUAAUCCUCGCAGUGAGAAAGUCUUUAUCGCCGCAAGUCUAUAUGAUGAUGAAGGCAAGCUCGCUCAAGGCCAAUGGGGAACACAGCUUCUUGAGCUCAUCGAUUUGCUCGGACCGGACAAUGUGUUCCUGAGUAUCUACGAAAAUGAUAGCGGCGAGGAGGGAGAGCGCGCCCUGCGUGCGUUGGAAGAUCAAGUGACGUGUCAGAAGUCUAUUGUUUCUGACAAGCAUCUGGACCCGAAGAGCCUUCCAACUGUGACCAUCCCCGGUGGAUCCAACCGUGUCAAGCGCAUUGAAUAUCUAGCCCGGGUCCGGAAUCGAGCAUUACAGCCAUUGACCGACCACCCAGAUAUGAAAUUCGACAAGCUCCUCUAUCUGAACGAUAUCCUCUUUCACCCCCUUGAGACCCUCCAGCUCUUAUUCUCAACCAACGCCAAUGAGGACGGCGUUGCCCAAUAUCGGGCAGCUUGUGCCGUAGACUUCGACAACCCCAUCAAAUUCUAUGACACAUACGCUACCCGCGAUCUUGAAGGAUACAGCAUGGGCCUCCCCUUCUACCCCUGGUUCACUACGUCUGGCAAAGGAGAGAGCCGAAGUGAUGUCCUGGCCGGGAAAGAUGCAGUGCGAGUGCGCAGUUGCUGGGGCGGAAUGGUGGCAUUUGAUGCCAAAUAUUUCCAAGCCAGCUCACCAGGUACAAGCUCCAACCCAGCGCGCUUCCGUUCCGGAAAAGAUCUCUUCUGGGAGGCAUCUGAAUGCUGUCUCAUCCACGCGGACAUCCAAGAUCCGCAAACCAACCCCGACAAUGUCACUGAUACUGGCAUCUACAUGAAUCCAUUCGUGCGAACCGCUUAUGACCACCGCACCCUGUCUUGGCUAGGUAUCACCCGCCGCUUCGAAGGUCUAUACUCGUUCCUCCACAACCUUGGCAAUCACCUUGUCGGAUUGCCUUGGGACAAUCCUCGUCGCACAGAAGUUCCUGGUCAAACUGUGCAGGAGAAUGUGUGGGUAGCUGACGCUGCACAGAAUGGUGGCGGUUCUUUCCAAGUUGUUGAGCGGGUCGCUGGCAAUGAUGGCUUCUGUGGCCGUCGUGGACUUCAGGUCAUUGUUGAAGACCGCAAGCCCGGGCAGAAAGGAUUCGAGGAUAUUCCUGUCCCGCCGCAAAAGCUCUGA